CAUGAUUCAAACACGUGAUCUAGAACGUGAUCGUUGUUACUUCAGUUCAAAAUGGCGACUGAGGUUCUUGAAAAUAUUGAAGUGCAACCAAUGGUCACAGAAAUUAAGGAACCAACAGAGAAUGGUGAAAUCAGUCAAGAAAGGAAGAGGGAAAGAAGGAGAAAACGAGGUUUUGAUAUAGGACCUGGUGAUUUAGCAAAUGGCACAGUUGCAGGCGAAGGAGAGCCCCCAGAGGAUGAUGGAUCUAGGGGUGAGUUAACAGUAGGACCAGGUGUUGGUGGCAUUCAACCAAGAUGGUCGGAGUGCAAGAGAGCGUUGCCUGGCUUGACACUGGAUCAAGAGGAGCGAUUAAAGAAGGCAAAGAGAUUUGCCAUGGAACAGUCUGUGCAGCAGGUUCUCUUAAAACAGCAGUUGCUUCAACAACAACAAAUGGGUUCCAUAAGCUCUAUAACCCAGAGACAACGAGCUUUGGCCUUAAUGUGCAGGUUAAGAACCAAAGUUUAUGUUGGUAGCAUCAAUUUUGAACUUCGAGAAGAGCACAUCAAGCAAGCAUUCAUUCCUUUUGGACCUAUCAAGAAGAUUGAUUUAUCUUGGGAUCCGCUCACAAUGAAACACAAGGGAUUUGCCUUUGUUGAGUUUGAGUUGCCUGAAGCAGCGCAGUUAGCAUUGGAACAAAUGAAUGGUGUCUUACUGGGUGGCAGAAAUAUCAAGGUUGGAAGACCAAGCAAUGUACCUCAGGCUCAGCCUUUGAUAGAACAGUUUGAAAGAGAAGCUCAGCAAUACGCAAGGAUUUACGUCGCUUCCAUCCAUCCGGACUUGGGAGAAGAUGAUAUCAAAAGCGUGUUUGAAGCGUUUGGGAAGGUGAAAACGUGUACUCUAUCUCCUGACACGAUAACGGGAAAACACAAGGGUUUUGGUUUUAUCGAGUAUGAAGUUCAACAGUCUGCAAACGAUGCAAUUGCGUCGAUGAAUCUUUUUGAUCUCGGUGGACAGUUUCUAAGGGUUGGCCGUGCGAUCACCCCACCCUCGCAUUCGUCUGUCGCCCCUAACACACUUCCGGCCGCCGCGGCUAUGGCUGCAGCUGCUGUGUCCGCCAAGAUCCAGGCUCAAGACACUGGCAUACCUGGUGUCUCGGUUGCGUCGAUGUCGAUCAACGCCAGCUCCGUGAUGACGACUGUUGUGUCAGGUGCAGGCCUGGUCGCGUUGCCAACAGUCGUUUCCAGUCUCGCAGGGGUAAUUCCGACCGCGUCGACAGCAGUCAUGGGAGCUCCUGCUCAAGGUUUGCUCACAAGUGUUACGCCUAUCUCCGGCAUGGCGACCGUGUACGGCACCGCUCCGAUGGUGCACACGACAACGCAAGCAGUCCACGAGCAAGCCGUCGCACCUGUGGCAGCGGUUGUUCAACCACAGUUAACCGUUCAGGCGCAGGCGUUGCCGACGAUCGCGGUGCCGGUCGCCACCCCGGCUGUGGUCGCAACGGCUCCUGUACAGUCCAUGAUAGAGGUGAAGAACGCGAAGAAUGAUGAGGAGGCGCAGAAGAAAUUGUCAGAGUACAGCAAUCUUAGUCAUGAGGAACAUAUGUCAAUAUCUGGGAGCAAUGCGAGAUAUAUGGUGAUGCAAAAACUAUCCAGAAAAUCCGAGUCUACGAUCAUGGUUUUACGUAACAUGGUUGAGAUUGAUGACGUAGAUGAAGAACUUGAGAACGAGGUCACAGAUGAAUGUAGCAAAUUUGGCAACGUCACUCGUGUCGUUAUCUAUCAAGAGAAACAAGGAGAGGAGGAUGACGCGCCUGUGAUUGUAAAGAUCUUUGUCAAAUUCUCAACCGUUCCAGAAGUGGAGGUGGCCGUGUCGAAUCUGAACGGACGCUGGUUUGGCGGGAAAACGAUCAGAGCGGAGAUCUACGACGAUGAGAAAUUUGAAGCAGAUGAUUUAACCGCUUAGAUAUUAUGGUUGGGGAGGCGCCUGCUUUGGGCCCUGGCGUUAUUUGUGGAAAGACACCUCGCGUAUGGAUACUUUGAAUCGAACUCUUGCCUCUUGGUGUUGAAGACGUUCUUGCAAUAACUUCCAUGCUGUAUUUGCCAGAAACAUGAUAUAUAGCUUUUACAGACUUACAUACAGUCUCUGGAUGGUGUAGGGCCACGAACUGUUAUACCGUGUAGCUUUCUGUUACGGUAUUGUUAGUUGAUGUUUACCUACGUUGCUCUGCGACAUAUAUUGUUGUCACAUGCAGCAGCGAGAAGGCGCUUGUGUAUUUACAUACGUGUAAUUUCAAUGUAACUCUGGUUGUGGUUGCAACAUAGUUCAGUAUGGACAUUCGGGCAUGAACUAUUUCAACUGGACAAUUGCCAGUAUAGUUUUGUCUGUGUGUUUGUGUCUGUUCACUCUGUUGUCUGUGUAUAAACGCGAGCAAAACAGAUCGAUUAUCUGUGAAAUAUGCAGAAACUCGCGGUUAUGAAUCGAGUUAUUUAACUGAUUUAUACCAGAGCCUAGUUACACUACCCUCACGCCUUUGCCCGAAUUGGGUGAAUUCCUCAAUCAAAUUUAUCCAUGCUUUAGGGGCUGUUUACAUGAGCCCGGUCACCCGAGAUUCAACGAAGCGUGAGAUGAUUUUAAGGUAUUGAACUGAGCAGAUAACAUGAUCCUGGCAGUCAGGCAUUAUAAUACGGAAUUUUUACAAGGACACACAUUGUCUUUAGGUUCAAUAAUGUGUUCAGUGGCUGUCGAAUAUGUUCAGGGGCUGUCGGGCGGAAACGCGUCUCGGCCUCUAGAUCAUAUAAUUUUAAAUUCCCAACUAUCCAAGCGUAUUUAUAUUCUUUAUAAUAGAAACAAUAAUUAUUUUAAAUAGUCAAAUUAAAAUUAUAUUAGACAUUUUUGUCCAUGAGGCAUGAUUUUUAACUACACACUUUUCCAUUUACAAGGACACAUUCGCCUUUUACAAGGACACAAAGUGUGUCAAAAACACGCGUAUUAUAAUGCCUGCUGGCAGUCGUAUAAUCACCACAA